AUGUCCGACGCCGACGACUACCUGCAGGAUGGGUUUAACCCGCGCAGCGUCACCAUCCCGCGUUUGCGAUCCAUCCUUGUCACGCACAACAUUGAUUAUCCAUCCACAGCAAAGAAGACACAGCUCGUUGCUCUGGUCGAGGAGCAUGUUCUGCCCCAGGUCCCCAAGCUGCGAGCUCAGCGCGCUCGCGCAAAGCGUUCCAGUCUGGGCAUCGUCAAUGCCGGCAGCGCACAGGACAACGGGCUUUGGGAUGACGACGAGCUGUCGCCUCCGCGUCCUAACUCCCGACGUUCCAAGUCUCCGCGCAAAAGUUCUGCGCGCAUUAAAGUCGAGGAAGAGGAGCCGGCCACACCUAUAUUCCGCAGUGAGCCGAAGCGUAGUUCCCGCGCUUCGCGCUCCGUUAGCAGACAGCUCUCCCAUGGCCCCGAGGAUGAUGCCCACCUCUACGCUACGUCGGUCGCUUCUCGACGUUCCAGCCGCCGGACUGUCACGCCCCAGAUAAAGCCAGAGCCUGAGCCCGAACGCGAACUCGAGCCCGAAAUCGAGGAAGAGGAAGACUCUGAAGAAUCCGAAGAAGACGAAGAAGAUGACGACGAAGAGGAGCCAACACAGUACGAGGAAGACUUGAGCGUCUUUACCGACGACAAUCCCUUCCAAGGCGGAAGCUCGCCACCUCCUGUGCAAACGCCUAAUCGCCGACGAACUGUGAGCGUCGAGCCCGUAAAGAGCGCAAAGUCCGCUCGUCGUCGCACGGCGGCCGGCCCAGAAUCGACCCGAGCUGCCAGGCGGUUCGAGAUGGCGACACCCCCUAGUCGCUACAAAACGCCCGAUUAUCUACUUGAGCCGGGCGAGGAAUUCACUCCUGACGAGCAGCUCGAGCUUGAGGAUGAAGCAGCUAGCGGUGACGCGGCAGCUGUGCGUCGCCAGGCCGUUGUCAAACAUAAGCGCCGAGGCAACAUCAAGACACCCUUCUUUGUGCUCCUGGUCUCACUCUUUGGCGCCUACCUUGCCUGGUAUCGUCAAGAGAAGAUGGCUGUUGGCUACUGUGGCCUUGGUCGGCCUGCGAAGCAGCUGAUUCCGCCAGAGAUUCCUGUUCCAGACGUCAUCAUGCCCUUCAUUGAGCCUGAGUGUGAAACGUGUCCCCAACACGCCUUCUGCUACGAGGACUAUACCGUCCGUUGCCAGGAGGAUUUCAUCUUGAAGCCGCAUCCUCUCGCCCUUGGCGGACUUGUCCCUCUGCCGCCAACUUGCGAGCCUGAUAGUGAGAAGGCUCGGCGUGUGCAGGCAGUUGCAGACAAAGCCAUUGAGGAGCUCCGAGAUCGCCGCGCAAGAUAUGAGUGCGGGGAGUUGACAAACGACGCUGGCGAGCAGGAAGACUCCCCCACGAUCGCCGAGGAGGAGCUUAAGGCUACUGUUAGCCAAAAGCGCAACAAGCGUAUGAACAGCCAAGAGUUUGAUGAGCUCUGGGAAGCCGCCAUUGGCGAGAUUACUGGCCGAGAUGAGGUCGAGGUUCAAGCGACUGAAUCGCCCGAUUCCCCCGGUGUUCCAGACAGAAGAAUAUCGUCCACCUCUCUCGCUCGCCUUCCGUUCCGCUGUGCGAUCAAACGAUCCAUCCGCAGCGGACUGGCAAGAUAUCGAUUCCCAAUUGGACUUUUGAGUAUGCUUGCACUUGGUAUAUUAUAUCUAAGAGCCAGCUACCGGAAGCACCGCGCCACAUCUGCUCAGAUUCCAUCCCUUGUGGACACCGUGCUAGGCAGACUGGCCAACCAAAAGGAGCUUGGCGAUGAGGAUCUAGAUGAGCCGUACCUGUUCCUACCAAACUUGCGCGAUGACGUUCUCCGCUCUGUACACUCGCUGGCCGAGAGAGACCGCAUCUGGCAGCGUGUGCGAGCUGUGGUUGAGCAGAACAGCAAUGUUCGCACAAGCCAAAGAGAAGGCCGCAGUGGCGAGGUCGGCCGCGCCUGGGAAUGGAUUGGCCCCAGCAAGGGCGAAGGCGCGAGGCGGCGACGAAGCGGGCGAGUCUCGUGGGCGCCUUCAGAUAUGGGCGCAGACACGCCUGAGUCGAAGCCAGACAUCGAAGUAAAAAAGUGGGAGGAGCCGAGGCCCAUCUACUAA